CUAUUCCAUAUCCCUUUAUUUCACGCGUUUCGUCGACUUCGGGGAUUUCCCUCCGAGUCUCGCUCGCAGCACCACCACGGCUCCAUUACGUACUACUUGAGUUGAUACUUGGGCUAUCGUCGUGUCGAUAAGUUAGAAAUCGACCGUAAAAGAGGAACUAACGAUGAUAAGAUACUCCUACUUCGUACGCUCAAAAUCGUGACUGAAUAUAUCGCCGCGUAUUCCACCUUUUAGGUUAUGUUUCUUUCAAAAACGUGAAACAAAAUUUAUCCACGGAUCGAUAUUCGUCGCCGCGUUUCCCUUGCAAUGCACGAUCGACGAAAAUCGCGACGCUGAUCGAAUCGUUUAAUCGAUGCUUGCAAGAAAUUGCGACGAGCGUUCGUCUAAACCGAAAAAAGAGAGGAGGGGGGGAUUGAGAAAUCGUAGAGGCCCGAAGAGGGCGCUAGCGUGAGGAAAAGGAGAAAUUUUCACGGAACUGGAAUUCGACAGUGCUGCCCACGGAUGGUUAUGCGGCGCAAGGGGAGGACAAAAGAGGACAGCUACGGGUAACGAGGAAGCAAGAGGGCGGUGAAACGACCGUCCACCAUGAUGGGCGAGGAAAAGGAGGGGGUUCUGAUCAUAGAGGGGCAUGAAAGGGAAGGGGAAGCAAGAGGAACAGAUACCGGGGAUACGGAGGCACCGUGUCUCUUGCCUCUGCGGCAAAUCUGCAGGUUUCGUGUGGCAGGUUGUGCGUGGCAUCGAAUCGCGGGUAUUUCGCAAUCCUGGAACGCGUAUGUAAAGGAAAAUAGGCGUCCUCCCAACCGAAUCUUUUUCGUGGUGAAAAUCGCGUAUUCGUGCGUCUUGUUCUUCGUGUGCGUGUGCCCCUGUGUACGUGUAUGUGUGUAUAUGUGGGAUCCGUACUUGCCACCUCGUCUCUCGUGUGCCGUAGCGAGAACUUGGGGGAUGAAGAUCCUGAAUGGAGCGGCGUGGUCGCUAGCUCUCCUCUCCCAUCAUCCAUUUCGAGAUUCGAGGCUAGCCAAGAGGGAAUAACGAUAGUGGACUACUGUUGAGAUGGUGGCUCGUUCUUAUCCGCGAAAGGUCUUACACGACCGGAUUGAUUGAUCGGCCGAGAGGAUAAUAGAAAAGAGCUCGUCGAUGCCAGUCGACGACCCCGCGUACCAGGUGGGGGGUGUCCUCCCGUGAGAACGGGCGAAUACACGUUCACGCGCCUCGAGACUACGCGUGGAGAGGAAGCUGACAAGUGCAGCUCCCGUGUCGCUCCGUUUCUCGCUUUUCUGCGGGCUUCGUUUCCACUCGUUCGAUCGAGAACCCGUCAAAUGUGAUCCCAGUAUUACAACAGUGCGUUUUUUCCGCCUAUGUUUCUCCUCGAUUUUCAUCCGUGAUUCAGUGAAUGAAACCUGUUCGAAACGAUUGUUCCUUGGUGGAUGUAUAAACAAAAGGACGAGAUCUCCUGGAAGAAUAAAGAAGGAGGGGAGGGGGAAACGGUAAAGAGGAAAAGUAAAGAGAUACGGAAAGUGGGAAGGAAGACGGAUAGUGAAGUAGGGAUACAACGGUGUACAGUGUGCUCUCUCGCGUUUAAUUUUUCAACGAGCCAGUGAACGGCGCCACGAUUGGUCAGGCCAGGUCGCGAGCAACGUACGGAUUUUUCGUCGCGUCCGCAGAUUCUCGUGCAAGUACGUGGUAUAAGCGAAUUUGCCGCGGUCGAUGCACUCGAAAGCUCGCUCGGGGGAGUCGAGUGACACGUACACGACACCGUGAGGACCCGUGGCACAGUCGAUUCGAGUAAUCGAGCGUCGAAUCGAGCGUCGAACAGCCUCUGGCCACCCACUGCUUCCUAACGAACCUGUAUCAACCUAACCACCAGUACCUCUUUCAACGACCAAGGGGGAAGGAGACGUGUAGAGACGAUAAGAGGAUGCGCAUAAUCGUUGCAGGACGAUUUGUUUUCGUCGCAGAUUAAUCGGUGCGCGCGUUGUACAGGCAGAGUUGUAAUUGGAAAAGUGGGCCAGCGUGGGACGGUCGGCGCUGCUUAAUCAGAAUGAAAUCUAAGAAGUCCCGGGCAACAAUGGCUUUGUGAUGGCCGAAGGAGGACCCGUCGGCGAAAUGAAAGCCCCUGAGAAACAAUGGAAGCGUCCACGCAGGCAUGACGGCCCCAUUCAGAUUCGCAGACGGCAUGCUUAGUGGCGGCCAAAGGAGACGCUCAAGUUUCUAAUCGACCGGAGGAGGGAGGAAGGAUCGAGAGGGACGACUAGCAGCAGCGGAAAGAGAAACGGAUAGUGGCAUGAUAGGGACAAGGCACCACCCCCUGCGAGGGCGCAUCCUGCUGGCCCUCUUUUUUCUACUCGGCACCCUUGCCUUGCUCUCGAAAGCGGCUGCGUUCCCAGACUGGACCGAUUGUCCAGCCGUGUGCCGUUGCAAGUGGACGUCCGGCAAGAAGUCCGCCUUAUGCCCUGACGCCGGCCUAACCUCGCUCCCGGCCUCGCUUGAUCCGGACAUGCAGGUCCUCGACCUGUCCGGGAACAAGAUUCCCGCGUUACAGUCGGAAAUCUUCAAGCGUUCCGGCCUGUUGAAUCUGCAGAGAGUGUUCCUGAGAAACGCCGGCAUUCACAAGAUCCACGCCGACUCGUUCAGGGACAUGAGGAUACUGGUAGAGAUCGAUUUGUCCGACAAUCACGUGGAGAUGCUCGAGCCGGACACGUUUCUCGGCAACGAGAGGCUGAGGAUCUUGAUCCUGAGCGGGAAUCCAUUGACGCGGUUGAGAAGCCAUCAGUUCCCGCUGCUCCAACACUUGAGAAAUUUGGAACUGCAGAGGUGUUCCCUGUCCGAGAUCCACGGGGAGGCGUUCGUCUAUCUGACGGGUUUAGAGUCGUUGAGGUUGGACAAGAACGUUCUCGAGUAUCUGGACGUGUCGGUGAUCUCGAAUCUGCCACGUUUGAAAACGCUAACGUUGGACGGGAAUCGGUGGAGUUGCGACUGCAGAUUGAGAGACUUUCGCACUUGGCUGAUCCCCAACGGACCCAGCAAAUUGUAUUCCGUGCCUCAAGCGUGUUCCUCGCCGAUGAGGCUGGAGGGGCGCAAGUGGGAGGACGUGAAACCCGUCGAGUUCGCCUGCGAGCCCGAGGUGUUCGUUCUCGCGAGCAGCAUUCAAGAGGAGACGAACGGAAACUUGAGCCUCGCCUGUUUGGCGACCGGUGAUCCAGAGCCCGAGGUUUGGUGGCAAUUGAACGGAGGCCCCGUGAACGCGACCAAAUUGACCGAGCAAAUUUACACGGGAACUUAUGUAGCUUACGCGACGUCGGAUGUCGACACCAUCUCGUCGUACAACGAACGAUCAUCCCCUGGUAGACUCGUCGACAGGUGGAACAACCUGACCGUGUACAACGCGAGUGACGGAGAUGCCGGGGAGUACUCUUGUUUCGCGAAAAACAUCGCCGGCCUGGCCAGGGAUACGGUGAGCGUGGCGAUCCCGCGCGUGUACACGGCGCCCACCCUCUCCCAGAGCGACAACUGGUUGCUCUGGGUGAGCCUGGCAGGCGGUGGCGCGGCCGCGUUGUGCGCUUCCAUUUCCGCGGUUCUCCUAGCGCUGUGCGUGUGCGGCGGUACCAGGCGGCAGACCGCUCGCGAGAAGGUGAAGCUGCAGAGCAGCACCAGUUUCGGCGACCAGGAGAAGAAGCUUCUCGACCUGUCCGUCACGACCACCACCACACCCGGGAACAGCAACGAUAGGGGAAGCGGGCACGGGAGUAUAGUGGAAGGGUGCAGCACGGGUGACCUGGAACUGGCCGAGAGAGGGUCCAUUUGCGAUCCCAUGAGCGCGGCCACAGUCACCGUGGAGAGACUUCGUCCUGAGAUGAGCGGCGGCCCCGCGAUGAGAACCGUGCCGUGCGUGUUCCCUCCGCCUCCGCCAGAGUUCACCAGCGGCGUUCUCCCGCCCGGUAUAUUCGGGAACAUAUUCAUCUCGGUGGCCGUGCCGCAAGAUGCCUCUGAUCGCUGCUACCCCGACCUGUUGGACAUUCCAGUCCACGCCACCGGCGGCGCGGCGGGCAAAACGGCCCUUCCCCCGGCGAGCAGCGUUUCCAGCUUCGCCACGCUGCCGCGACGAGCGCUGCGCUCCAGCGACCUGUGCUCGCCUUACGACAAUAUGGGGCCCCGCGUCACCGCCAACGGCAGCUCCGCCUUCUCCCUCACGGACGUGGACCUGAGAUUAUCGCCGCCCCCGCCGCCGCGAAUCAUUCAACCGCCUCACGAAUUCGUGUCCCUUUAAGGGGAUGGAAAUAGUAUACUCGUUCGAAAGCUCGUCCGUCGCUUCUUCCCUCCCUCCUUAAAACACAACCGUCGUACUCGGUCGCGUGUGUGUCCUCUUCUCUCUUCCCCUCCCUCCCCCACCUGGAUCUUGUUCGUUGUGUUCGUCGUUCGAUAGCACUUCACUGCUGUAUCCGCAUUUUAUAUGUACAGUGAGCCGUGUGCCUACCAGGUGAAAAGAAACACUGUGUCGUUUCGAUGUAUACAGGAAUUGUGUAAUGCGGGAAGGUAAAGAAAGGUGUUUUGCAAUUUUUUACCGUUGGUCGGCUUGUUCGUUAGAGCUCGUAGCUUGAUUUUUAUCGCCUGUGAUAUUCGUCGUGUUUUUAUUUUUAAUUCCUUCUUCUUCUUCUUCUAUUCGUUUUUUUUCCCUGAAGGAAGUAAAUCGAUCACCAAGAAUGUUUAUGAAUUAGAAUAAACACGGAAGACCAAUAAUCCCGUUGCCAAAUGUAAGUUAAGGUAAAAAAAUAUAUAGGAGGAACACUUUUGUAUAUCUUGUACUUAUAUAUACACGUGAAUGCUGUAAUAUACUGUAUGUACUUAAAAGAAUCGGUAUCGUCACUUGGUAAGCGAAUGGCUCACGGUUUUUAAAUCAUCCGAAGUCAAAUCCUAAAAUUGAUUAAGGUUGUAUACAUACAGGGACCUAGAAAGUUUGUAUCUCAUUGAUAUAUUUAAAAAGACGUCCGGAGGUUUUGUCGAAAGUAGUAUACAGUUAUGUCUGUCCACAACAACUUGUUCGAUCACGUAAGACGUCGAGUCUCGAAACUGCACGUUUCUUUUUUUUCUUUCUCUCUCUCUCUUUCUUUCAAGAGAAGUUGUCGACACUGAGCGGCCAAUGAUCGACGUCCGCCAUUUGGAAUUAUCGACGAAACGAAUCUUUUUCACCGAAAUGUCGAAUCGAAACAAUUUUGUAGAUAGCUCGAACAGAUUAAUUCGUUCGUUUGCUCAAGUAUCAAGAAACGAAAAGAAUUGUCAGAAAGUUGAUACAAUUUCUGAUGUUAGAAUUCAUAAGACUUUUUAUAACAAACGUAAUACACAAAUGUACAGUCGAUCCAAUAUUUUUUGAUGUUGGUCGUUUUAGAAGCUCGCUGUGCAAUAAUUUCAAGAAUGUCAUCCAGCAUAUAUACUCGUAUAUUAAUUUCAGUUGAAUGAACAGCAAUUGUAGCGUAGUUCCAAUAGAGUUUUUAUUAUUUACUUUUCAUUUAGUACUUUAAUUAAUCUUCGUUAAUCGAUUUCCUAUUCUGAAAAUGUUUAAUUUAUACGUAAAUUAGUUUUCCUUGUGUAUAGCGUCUAAUAUUUAACGUCUUCCCUUAUUAUUCCAAUAUUUUAAAUAUUUUUUGCCUUUAUUUUAAGUACAAAAAUAAGAUUUUCUCUAAAUUUUAAUUUUAACCUAGUUUUAAAACUAUUUGCUAUAAAAAAAUACUUCAUUGAAGAGAUGAUAAAAUUCUCUCAAUAUGUUCUCUACUUUUUCAAGCUUCUUCUAAUUUUACUUUUUAUCUUUUCAUUGCUUUUUCUUAAUUUCUAUUAUUUGCUCAUGAAACACAAUCCUCUUCUAAAUGUACAAAACUUUGCAUAAUGUACCAUUCACCAUUUAGUUAUCCUUUAGAUUUUUCUUAAUUUACAAUUUCUAAUUUUUAUCUCAAAAUCCAAACCCAAUUUUCAUAUACAUCCAUUGUUAUAAAAGUUUUCUUACCUAAUUUCUAAAUUCUAAUAUUCAAACAUCUUUUUCAAAUACUUUUUAAUUGCAAUCUUUUUAAAAUCUUUGCCUAACAAUCUUCUCAAUGUUCAAAUUUUAUAAAAUCAUCGUCAACGUUCCUUCAAAUCACGAUGAUACAAACAAGUGGACACGUGCAGUUUCCAAGACGAGCCCCCCUCCCCCCUCGUGUCUGUAUGUUCGCUUGUCUAACUGGCUUGCAUGCUUGGUCGGCGUACAAUGGCUGCUCGUACAAUGACGAGUGCGUGUGUGAUCGUUUUAGGACAUAAGUUCUCUCCUAGUUGCCAAUAUCCACGGAUAUUUCUGGUGGUUUGUAAAUAACGAUUAAUAAAAAAGAAUCACAAAUCAGGAAUGAUAAAUGGACGGAAAAGAAAAAAAAAACGAAAAGAAAGGGACAAAAAUAGAGGAAGAUAAGGAAGAAGGAGGGAUAUCCUCCAUGGCGGAUGCAGAGGAUAUCGAAGUAAUGUUAUCUCCCCUAAUCAUUCUCGAGGUGUAUCACUAGUUUGUUACGUACUUUACGUGUGCAUGGUUUGUGACACCGAUAUGGCGAGAUCGUAAGAAAUCGGUUAAAUCUCUUCGAAAGCAAUUUCGAAAUUAUAUAAGGGAAGAUUAAAAGUUGGAAUCUCAGGGCUGUGUGACAUCGAAUUUUGUUUCUUUUUUUUUUUUUUUAUUGAUACAAUACAAUUAAUACAAUUUAAUUAAUAAUUGGAUCGUAAGUGGUUGUAACAGUUUAUAAUUAGAGUAUGUUAAAAAGUAUAAAAUAUAUAAAGAAGAUAUUACCUUUUUAAUUCAAGCUAAUUUAAAUUUCGAAUAAACAAUUUUAUUGACAAAUAUUAUAUUUAUCCUAUUAAAAAUAUUUUAUUUAAAAGGAUUCGAGUUAAUUUAAUUCGAACACUCGAAUUAUCUAAUCACGAUUUCACGAUUUCAUUAAUUAUUAAUUGAAUUAUCGAAUGAAUGAAUUUUGAAAUGUUAAUGUCCUUUUUUAAGUAAGAUAUCCGUGACACGAGCCCUGCGAUACGAUCACUGAAUAUCAUCAUCGUGUAUAAUGUUUUUAUUUGCGAUUUCACCAUCUCGAUUCCGCCAACUGUACAUAUUUGUUAUCGCAGUACACGUAUUUAAUAGCGUGGCCGACGCGUGCCGCGUCGCCGCCCAUUAUGAACACUUUGUCAAUUAAAUAAAACGAUUGAAUUUUACACAUCAUCGAA